AAAACCACGCUUGUUUUUAUUUCGAUUAUUGUUAUUCAAAUUUUUGCUCUAAAUGGCAUCAACAAAAAGGAUUUCUUGUUUAGAAAGAGAAGAUUUUUAUUAUUUCCUGAAAGAAGCAACUUUGUGCUACAACUCGUAUUAGCUAAAGCACUAAUGAAAUCAGCACCGCCCGGUAUACAAUUUACGGAAGAAUUCGACGUUCCAUUUCCAUUACCAUUUAAUUUGGAACCGUUUAAAUACUUUCAUAGCAAGGUUAAAAAGCACACAAUCGAACGAAACGAUAUGAAGAGAAGAUUAAUCCGAGGACUUGAUGGAUAUGGUUUAAAUGGAACUGCUUGCGUGCAAAGAAUGGUUUGCGAAGCCAAACAAUUUGUUCCUUUUAAAGGAAAAUCUUUGGUGAAGGAUUUACUUUCGGAGGUUUUUUUGAGUGAGGGAGUUGUGGAAAUAGGAAAUAUUUUUUUAGAAGAAUCAUGCGAUGAUGGUUUAUUAAAAGAAUGUCCUCAUCCUUUAUUAGAUUUAAUGUGGGGAAGUUUUACAAAUUACUGAAUUAAAAAAAGAUAUUCAUUAGUACAACUACAUUUUUUUUUAUUAGUUAAGAUUUUUUUCUACUACUUCUAUU